UCCUUCCAAUUUAAAAUUUUAAGUUUAGGCCUAUCAAAGUUUAUUUUAUUUAAGUGGGAAAAGAAAUUGUGUUAAGUGUUAAACUGAUGGCAAGCGGCUUCUCGUUACAUCAGUGACUAAUAAAAGUUUUGAUUUUAUUUUUGUUUGUUUCGUUUAAAUUUUACUUGAAAAUGGUCACCACUAGAGACAGAUAAACGUACAAAUACCCACAAAACAAGAACACACCUCAAAUCCGCCGGCUAAAGUUUCUUUUGGACAGUUUGUGUGCGUGUCUAUGUAUCCAAACUUCACAUAUAAUAUCGCAUAUAAUAUACAUAAUCUCAAACAUAGUUCAUUCCGCGAGCUAGCUAAGUAACUAAUCAUAACAAAAAACCGUGAUCACAUUAUCAAUUAUUCUCUGUUGUGAGAUCAAAAUAUGGAAAUCCUGAGCAGAUUCAGUAGUAGCAGUAGUAGUAAUCAAUCUUCAUCAAAUAAGAAGAAGGUGGUUAUGGGUGGUGGUACAGCAGAUCAUCAAUCUCGACGUAAUAAAGCCCAAAUAGCAGAGCCUGUACCGGACCUCACUGAUUUCAUGAACGAUAUGUUUUUUGGUACCAUAAAAACUACUACUAGUACUGAUCAUAAUCAUCAUAACAUUGUUUAUAACUUGACGGGUACUACUACUACUGAUACCGUUAUUGUAACGGAUCAGGAAAAGGAAAAAGAAGAAAACAAAUUGGUAAGAAGAAGGGAAGAGUUUAGCUCAAGGAGUAGUAGUAGUAGUAGUAGUAAGUUGACACAGGAUUGGCUUGACGAGGCUAGGCGCUUGGUGGCUUCUUCUCCUUCUCGCAGUACCUCUCCCUCUCGCCUUGUUGGCUCCCCGAGGUUCGCAGCUGCCGCGGCUCAAGGAUCGCCCGCCUCGGCCUCCUCUCUUGAUAGAAGAGAUCCACUCUCUAGGUCUGCUAGAAGAUACAGAGCAGUGGAGAGUUUCAGCGGAGAAAUCUUGUCCAAGUCAGCCACACACAGUCGCAACAAAUCAGAAACCUUUGCAGCCGGCGUCUCCCCGGCACCGGACUCCCCUACUGAAGCACCCCGUCUUUCCUCUUCCUAUAACUGGUUCUCCGACAUUCUCAAUCCAACCCCCACACCGCAACAAAGCUUCGAACCUCAACCUCGAGUCCCCAUUCUCACUUCUCGCCCAUCUCUGCCCCGGAAAUCCCGAUUCCAGACAGACCCCUCCUCGCCACGCCCACAGGGUAUCCCGAUUCCUCCGGCCCGGAACUUUCAGACUGGUCCGGCACUUUUGACCGAGACCCAUUUGCUCUCUCCGCCCAAAAACCUUAUUGAGUCGGCUCAAAGGAGGUCUGUGUCUUCGUCGACGUGCUCCAUCGACAAGAUUUCUUUUAAGCGUAGCUCAAAUGGGUUGCCCUCUGAAUCCGGGGAAGCUUGGGAGUUUGGGCUCAAUGGGUUCCUCAAGGAACAGAGGAUUAAGCUUGGAAAAGUCUUGGAAGGUGAUGAUAAUGCUAAGGCCAAAAUCAUACUUUCUGGGACUUCGAACAGUACGAGUUCAAUGGUGGCGGCCAUAUGUUAUGCGUGGUUAUUGGAGAACAGAGUGAGAAAGGAAAGUAAGGCCAAAGGUGCUGAUGAAGAUGAAUAUGUUACGGUUCCGGUUAUGAAUGUAAAGAGGGAGACAAUGUGGAAGCUUAGACAAGCUGCUUGGCUUUUCUACCACGUUGGUCUUGAUGUUAACGCGUUGUUCUUUGCCAAUGAGGUGGAUUUGGAAGGACUAAUAAUGACUGGGAAGUUAAAUAUGCUCGUGAUUGGACAAGAUGUCCUUAAACUUAACGGCGAGGUAGGAUCUCAGUGCACUAUUCUUACUGAUAAUUUCUGUGAAGAUGCCUAUGAUCUACUUCAGACCCCCAUGCUGAAGAAACUUCUGCUUGCAGCUAUCCUGUUAGACACUCAGAACCUAAACUCAUCCAGUCAACAUUCUAUGGCAAGAGAUGCAGAGGCAGUUCAAUUGCUGUUAGUCGGCUCAACCCCAAAUUACAGAAACACUCUUUUUGAUCAAUUGAUCCAAGGUCAAAGAGACAACUCCUUUUUAGAAGCUUUGCGGCAGAAUUAUGGGAAUCCAUCUAAAGACAGUGGUCAUGAGAGUGAGGAGCAUGUGGGGCAUAAGACUGUGGAUAGAAAAUCGCUGUCUGUUAAUCGCCAUGAAGCAAUGGCACAACAUUCAGAACAUAAAAAUAAUGCAAAACCUAACAAGGUUUCUCAAAAAUCAGAAAAACCAAGUUCAGCACAUGCCAAAGGUUCUUCAACACCGCCAACUAAAGCAAACCCCGACGCGUCUCGUGGAAAGAACAAGUUCUUCCUUGCAAAGUGGUUUGGUUUUGGUUCAAAAUGAAGUAAAAAAUCAAUUUUCUCACCGCUAACAAUUACUUCUAUUCUACAGAGAAACAAGAAUUUUGUUCUAUUUUCUUAUCACCAAGUCAAAGAUAGGUUCAACCAAACAAAUGGCGUUUCCAUUUCACAUUACUACAGAGUUUUUUUUACCUAUAAAAGUGGUGAUGUCAGUGUAAGAAAGUAAAGCCCAAAUUUUCUUUUGAGUUGUUGAUAUUUUUUUUUUCUUUGUUAUGUCAUAUUUUAUUGUUUCGCAUUGUGAUUCUGACAUGGGUAUUUGAUAUAUAAUAUAAUUUAUUA